CCAUGAAACAAUCCAACGGUGUGGUAAGCGCAAGGCCAUCAUCUUCAUCAUAUUGGCUGGUGUUAAAACGUAACUCCUCUAGCUACAAAUCACGGGAGUCGUCGUGAUAAACGAAGAAGAAGCUUAGAUAUCAUCGAGCGGAGUCAAAAUCAAACCAUCACCUGCUCCUGCACUUCAAUUUCUUCUUCAUCAUCUUCUUCUUUUGGAGCUUCAAGAGAAACAUCAACAACAAUGGCUGCUGCUACUGCUAUUCUUUGGAAUCCUUUAAUUCUAACCAGAAAUCCUCAAGGACUCCACCUAUCUCCAGCGUUGUCUUCUUCUUCUAUAAAGCCGUUGGACAAACGCGCCUUGAGUAGUGGUCCUGGAAAACUGCGAAUAACUAACUCCAUAACCAGAAGCUCACUCACAGUCCAAGCUGCUGCUAAUGCUGCUUAUAGUGAUGGAGGAAGAAGGCCAAGCAAUGCAAGCAUUUUUGUUGGUGGCUUUGUUUUGGGAGGACUUAUAGUUGGUGCUCUUGGAUGUGUAUAUGCUCCUCAGAUCAGCAAGGCAUUAGCUGGCACUGACCGGAAGGAUCUUAUGAGGAAGCUGCCCAAAUUCAUCUAUGAUGAAGAAAAAGCUCUGGAGAAAACUCGAAAAAUAUUAGCUGAGAAGAUUGAACAACUGAACUCGGCCAUUGAUGAUGUUUCCUCUCAACUCCGAUCAGAAGAUGCCCCAAAUGGAGCAAGUGUGCAUUCUGAUGACAUUGAAGCUGCCAUAUGAGCUACCUCUGUCUACGCGGCAGUCUACCUGGUCUCCACUACCAGUAAUUUCCAUACUGAUAAUUAAUAGCGGUUGAACUGAUCUUUCUUUGUUCUCUUCUUUUCAAUGAACAGUUCCACUGUGACGGCGCCUGGUGUGGGUACAUGUAAUUUUGCGUGAUCGGUUCAGUUAGAUUACGCUGAUCAAGUAUUGUACUCGAGUUAUAUACAGUAACAUUCCAGCUUUUUUUAUUUCCUUAUAUGAGGAGCUGUUUUUUUCA